CGGAUCUCUUGACUUGCCAAAGGGAAAGUCAAAGCAGAGGCCUGCCUCUCCCUGGCCCCGGGAAUGGAUGCCUGCCUUCCUGGCUGGCUGAUGGCCGGGCAAGGAGCGGGGAGGGAGAAAGCCCUGGCCGCCCAGCUCCUCUCUUUCAACGGGCUCUUCGCUGUUCGCAAGCCCAAAGGGCCCACCUCCGCCGCGGUGCUGAACCAGCUCAAGGAGAUGCUCCUGGCAGAAGCUGGUUUGCCAAAACCUAGUAGGAGGAAGAGGAGUCAUAUGUUAAAGAUUGGACAUGGUGGGAUUCUGGAUAGCACCGCUUCAGGAGUGCUAGUGGUUGGAAUUGGAAAAGGAACUAAAAUGCUAAGUGGCAUGUUGGCUGGUUCUAAGAAAUACACGGCUGUUGGGGAAUUGGGAAAGGCAACAGACACAUUUGAUUCUUCAGGAAAAGUCACAGAAGAAAAACCUUAUGAUCAGAUCACAAAAGAGGAUCUUGAGAAUGUCCUGCAGAAGUUCACGGGGAACAUCAUGCAGGUUCCCCCACUCUAUUCUGCCCUGAAGAAAGGUGGACAGAGACUGUCAACUCUCGUUAAGAAAGGAGAAUUGGUGGAAGCAAAGCCUGCCAGGCCAGUUGUGGUCUACAAUCUCACACUCAAAAAUUUCAAGCCACCCUUGUUCACACUUGAUGUUGAAUGUGGCGGUGGCUUUUAUGUCAGAAGCUUGGUCAACGACAUUGGCAGAGAGCUGUCUUCCUGUGCCACUGUACAUGAGCUGACCCGAACCAAACAGGGACCAUUUACACUGGAAGAGCAUGCACUUUCUGAGGACAAAUGGACAAUUGGUGAAAUCAGCCAGUCCCUGGAGCGUUGCAUGCUUCUUCUCCAGGCAGAACCAUCUCGUAAAAAAUUAAAGACAGAACUGUCUGAAGAACACGCUGUGAGCUGUGAAGAUAAGUGAUAAGUCAGGUCAAGGAAAAAGACUGAAUGACUGAGACGUUUUCAGAUUGCUCUGGGAUUGUCUUGUCUUCCCUCGUAAAUUUACAGUCCUGUGUGUAGAGGAUGACAAAUUGCAGUGCAAUGGAAACAAUGCCUUUCUAUCUCUCCUGCUUGUGUUGAGAGACAUAAGAAGAUGUCCAGCAUUUAUUUCUUCCCAUAAUGUCUGUGUUGCAUUGUAAACGUAUUUGUCAGGGAAGCAGGGUCAUCACUAUACCCUUGAAAGGAGCUUGCAGGACAUUGUUUCUUUAAUUUGAUCUCGGUUCCAUGUUUUUGCAGAUACUUGGAUUCUGCUUUUCAAGGGAAAUAAAGCAGUUUGAAAUGUUGACAUUGAAUAAAAAGAGUUUAUAAGAAGAAUGUGGGGGAAAUGGUACAAUAAAAAUUCAUGAACUCCAGUAA